UUGAAUAUACAGUAGUUCAGCUGGGCUGGAAUCGGAUUGCGUCGGAUGUUUUUCGUCCUGUGAGCAAAACACAGCGGGACGCGGUGCUUGUGUUCGUCGGUCAUGCUCAUCAUCCAGGCCUGUGUUUAACAUUUGAAUGAUAUCGCAGCUAGCGAGGCGUUUUCUCCGCCGCAUGCACACACAGAAAGGACUGCACUGCUCGCAACCGACAGUAUGGACUUGCACAUAUUGGACCACAGGCUACGGGUCACCAGCAUAUCCAAGAAUGGGCUGGUGAAUUUCACACACCCACUGAUUAAACUGAUUUUUUUGCGGAACAGGACCAGAUGUAAGUUUUUCAGUCUGACGGAGACACCUGAGAACUACACAGUCGUCCUUGAUGAGGAAGGAUUCAAAGAUCUCAGGAGAGGUGAAAGCUGAUGUAGUGAAGCCACAAGGGGCCCUCUGUGACAAAUUAUGCCAACCAGAACAGAACACUGGCUCUUUUGAAGAGCUCCAGCCCUCAGAGCAUCUCAACGUAGAGGGCUCAAUCUGGCUGCCGCUCAAUGUGGUCUCUAAUGGCAACGCCUCCAGCAGCUCACAAGCUGUUGGCGUGACCAAGAUCGCCAAGUCGGUCAUUGCCCCUCUGGCCCAGCAGCACGUUUCCGUCUUCAUGCUUUCCACGUAUCAGACCGACUUUAUCCUGGUGAGAGAGAAAGACCUGUCUGUAGUCAUCAGGACUUUGGAGGAGGAGUUCAAUAUCUACAAAGAGGUGGGAGGAGAGUCUGUUCCCAUGCACUGUCAGGAGGUCUCCAACGGCCUCCAAAAGAGCAGCAGAGAAGCCAUCCAGCCUACUGUUCACCCGGUGCUGAUCCCCCAGAACCAGUUCUGUGUCAUGUCUCUGGAUCCGGACACACUGCCAUCCAUCGCCACAACACUCAUUGACGUCCUCUUUUACUCUAACAGUCCCAAAGGGGACGCACAGUCAUCUCCCAGCCAGGACUUGAACUGUAUCAAGUUCUUCUCAUUCUCCCUCAUUGAUGGCUACAUCUCACUGGUGAUGGACACUGAGGCUCAGAGACAGUUUCCUGCUGAUCUUCUCUUCACCAGCUCCUCUGGAGAGCUGUGGAGAAUGGUUCGUAUAGGGGGACAACCGCUGGGCUUUGAUGAGUGUGGUAUAGUUGCCCAGAUAUCUCAGCCCCUGGCUGACAGCGACAUCUCUGCCUAUUAUAUAAGCACCUUCAGCUUUGACCAUGCUCUGGUCCCAGAGGAGGACAUAGUGAGCGUGACAGACAUGCUGCAGCAUCAGAGGAAAGAACCAGCCACUAGUUGAGUUCUGAAGCUUUGUCUGAGCUGGAUGACCCAGGUUCAGUAUGCCACUCCUCACCCCAGCUCCAGUGGCCAGGGGGGGGCAGGCCAGCAGAAAAAGAAGGCUAACCCUGUGCCUAGAUUAGCACUGCAUCGCCAGCAGUAUUAACUAUGAAGAACUUGCCAUGACCACCAGAAGCGCUCUCCACAGUGUGCAUGCACUGUUUGGUCUGUGAGGCCUCCAGUCUUACCUGUCUAAGGCAGCAAGCACUGAGUCCCAGGGGGCCCACAGGCUCUCACAUCCACAUCAAAAUGCACCACUUAAAACAUUCACACUUUCAGACAUACAUACACACACACAGAUUUGCACAUUGAAAUUCACAAGCACAAAGACAGAUGAACAUGUAUGAUAGACUGUUUUUCCCCUCUAAUACAGGACUAAUAAUAAUAAUAAUUUUGCUGCAUACAGCGGAACACACUCACAUUUCACCAGUGCUAUAGACACACAGCGUAGUCUUCCAGGAAUGUUAAUGUCAUAAUGUGUCUAAACAGCAGGGAGGUUUUUUGUUUUGUUUGGGUUUUUUUUUUUGUUGUUUUUAUUUUUUCAAAUCAAAGGCCAUUAACAAGAAUUGCAGUUUUAGCUUUUUGUGUAACUGAAAGCGUGAAUUUUGAAAUGCAAGGGUGUUAAUAAUUUUCAUGCAAAAGUAAACUCUGAAUUUCAACUUUUUGACAGCAGAGCUCAUUUGUCUUGGUUUGAGAAGAAUGUGCCAGUAGUUCUUACAUAUUAAAACUACUACAAUGCUGUCAAGCAGGCAGGCAGGCAGAAUGCUUGGUCAGCGUUUUUGUUUUCUUUGUUUGUUUUUAAGAGGUCAGAAUUUCUUAACCAUAGUAUUAUCCAAGGUCAAUAACACUAUGUCUUAUUUUUGUUAUUUGCACAUUAAACUUUUAAUUUAGCUAAUAUCACUGAAAUAUUUUCUUUGGUACAACUACAUUUUGUACAAGUUGAAGUAAAAAUAUUCUGUAAACAUUUGUGCUGCUUCAUUCAAUAAAGGUGAUUGAUGGGCA